CAUCCCCACGCACAAUAAUACUAAGCAUUACAACUUUGCCAGCACCUUUUGCAAGUACUUAAACUAGGGGAAUGCCGGACUUAUUUUUUCCGGUGGAUUCCACGCAGCACCUACAUCCCAGGUAUGACUCUCCCGAAAAGAAUGCAGCAGAACGACGGAGAACGGAAUCUUUUGAAUUCCCUCCAGGGAAAGAUGGGUGGGUCACAUAUUACGUCGGCGAAGAAAUAAUCCGUCAGAGCCUGACGGGCAGUCCCUUUAAGAGGUAGCAGGAGCGCGGAAGUUGUUUGAAGUUUGUCUGGACCCUUUUUUUAAAGAAGCCCUGACGUCAGGCCGGCGGAGUCGAGCUUGUGGACUUUCCUUUGCCUGGCCGGAGAGGGAAGUAGCGGCCGUUAACACUGGCGUGGCCGGCGGGAGCUAACGCAGGCUGCAGCGAGUGAGCGGGCAUCUCACGAGGUCAAGAAUCUCAACUAUCAAAUGCUGAAAAUCUGAAGUUAUAGGAAAUGCGGAAACCACUCAGCAGAUCAGAAUUGAAAUAUGCAUGUGAUGUGACACUGUGGACAACGACGCUGAAAGAAAGCAGAAACUAAAAAGGAUUUAAUCCUUGAAUAGCUGGAAUCGCUUUAAACGUGGAGACUUCGUCUGAAAUCCACAAUUUUACAGGUCUUGACUCUAAAUCACAAAGAUGUCUGAGGAACGUCGAGAUAGUUCGAGCAGCUUACAGAAGAAAAAGCCGCCUUGGCUCAAGCUGGAAAUCCCUGCCAAUCAGCCGCCAGUGGAGGAGCCACCUUUGCCGUCUUUGAGGCACCAACACUAUCUGCGGAGCGUCAGCAUGCCACCUGAAAACACAAGGGUACCAUCUCCACCGAAUGAGCAAAGGCGGCCUACGUUCCAGAGGCAGACCUCCAUAACCCAGACCAUCAAAAGAGGUACAGCUGACUGGUUUGGGGUUAGCAAAGAUAGUGAUACCACCCAGAAAUGGCAGAGGAAGAGCCUUCGCCACUGCAGCCAGAGGUACGGCAAGCUUAAAUCGCACGUCAUCCGUGAAAUGGAAUUACCUAGUCAAGACAACAUCUCACUCACCAGCACUGAAACCCCCCCUCCUCUCUAUGUGGGGCCACAGUUUGGCAUGCAGAAGAUUGUAGACCCACUGGCCAGAGGAAGAGCUUUUCGGAUGCCAGACGAAAAUGACGGCUACAGCGUUCCCCAUACUCCAAUCACGCCUGGUGCUGCAUCCCUGUGCUCCUUCACCAGCUCUCGCUCCGGAUACAACCGUAUUCCCAAGCGAAGAAAGAGGGAAUCUGUGGCGAAGAUGAGUUUCAGGGCAGCAGCAGCCCUGGUAAAGGGGCGAUCUCUCAGGGAAAGUACAACACGGCGGGCUCAGCGACGCAGCUUCACCCCUGCCAGUUUUGCGGAAGAAGAGACUGUGGAUUUCCCGGAUGAGUUGGAUACCUCAUUUUUUGCUAGGGAAGGAGUCCUACAUGAAGAGCUGUCCACUUACCCCGAUGAGGUAUUUGAGCCUGCGGAAGCUGUCACUGCAAAGGAGACCGAGGGUAACUCUCUGGAUCAGACGGAUUUAACCGGCAGCGCCCUGGACAAAAGUGAACUCGAGAAGAGUCACCUCAUGCUCCCAUUGGAGCGAGGCUGGCGGAAGCAAAGAGAAGGCUCACCUCCUCACCCCAAGGUGCGCUUAAGGCAGGAGGUGGUCAGUGUGAGCGGCCAGAGGAGAGGUCAACGCAUUGCAAUACCGGUCAAAAAACUGCUUGCCAAGGAGAAGAGACCCUAUGGACUAGGAAUGGUGGGAAAGCUAACAAAUCGAACGUAUCGCAAGCGAAUAGACAGCCAUGUGAAGAAACAAAUAGAUAAUAUGGACGAUCACCGGCCAUUUUUUACGUACUGGAUUACGUUUGUGCAUAUACUGAUCACUAUCCUAGCUGUAUGUAUCUAUGGAAUUGCUCCAAUAGGAUUUUCUCAACAUGAAACUGUAGAUUCAAUUUUAAGAAAUAAAGGUGUCUAUGAAAAUGUUAAAUUUGUACAGCAAGAAAAUUUCUGGAUUGGACCAAACUCUGAGGCUUUAAUCCACCUUGGAGCAAAGUUCUCUCCUUGCAUGAGGCAAGAUUCACAAGUGCACGAGUUAAUCACCCAGAAGAAACAAGAGGAAAACAAAUCUGCUUGCUGUGUGCGGAACGACAAGUCAGGGUGCGUUCAAACCUCAGAGAAAGAUUGCUCGUCUACGCUUGCUGUAUGGGUGAAGUGGCCAGAUCACAGCGCUCCACCACUGGGCGAUGGAACUCUCCGCCAUCAAGGUUCAGUGUGCCAUCAGGAUCCAAGGUUUUGUGAUGAACCUGGCUCUGUUGCUCCUCAUGUAUGGCCUGAUGACAUCACCAAAUGGCCGAUUUGCACUAAAAGUACUGCUGGAAACCACACAAAUUAUCUACACUUGGACUGUGUGAUCACAGGCCGGCCCUGCUGUAUUGGCACCAAGGGAAGAUGUGAAAUUACAUCAAGGGAAUAUUGCGAAUUCAUGAAAGGUUAUUUCCAUGAAGAAGCAACACUCUGUUCUCAGGUACAUUGCAUGGAUGAUGUAUGUGGUCUUCUACCAUUCCUCAACCCUGAAGUGCCUGAUCAGUUUUACAGACUCUGGCUUUCGCUCUUCCUCCAUGCUGGGAUUCUCCACUGUUUUGUGUCCAUCUGCUUCCAAAUGACAAUCCUUAGGGACCUGGAAAAAUUGGCAGGGUGGCUUCGGAUAUCUAUAAUCUACAUCCUGAGUGGGAUUACGGGAAACCUGGCCAGUGCCAUAUUCCUCCCUUAUCGAGCAGAGGUUGGACCAGCAGGAUCACAAUUUGGUAUCCUUGCCUGUCUUUUUGUGGAGCUCUUCCAAAGUUGGCAAAUCCUAGCAAGACCUUGGAAGGCAUUUGUCAAACUGGUGGCUCUCGUCCUCUUCCUCUUCGCCUUUGGUCUCCUCCCGUGGAUUGACAAUUUUGCCCAUAUAUCUGGCUUCAUCAGUGGAUUCUUCCUAUCGUUUGCCUUCCUCCCAUAUAUCAGCUUUGGGAGAUUUGACUUGUACCGCAAGCGAUGUCAGAUCAUGAUCUUCCUUGUCACCUUUGUAGGACUGUUUGCAGGACUAGUGGUCUUGUUUUACGUCUACCCAAUAACUUGUGAAUGGUGCGAAUAUCUGACUUGUAUUCCUUUCACAGAUAAGUUCUGUGAAAAAUAUGACCUCAAUGCACAUCUACAUUAGUCAGUCUGCAAGGCGCAUCAAUCAAUGUUACAGAUUUGGUUGUCAGCAGUAUUUGCAUCAUGGAGUCCUUAAGAAGAAUUUACCAAGAUUUUGAUGGUGAUAUUCAAGUAAUCCUUCAGCUCCUCACCUGAUGUCUUUUUUAAUUAAAAAAAUAAUUACAUUUAGCAUUUGAUGCUCAAGUUACAUCUCGGGACUGUGGACACCAUCUCUAAGUAUGACCUUACGUGCCUUCUCCAUUAUUUUUGAACCAUUUUGUGCUGCCAAUUUUGUAUUACACUAGUUUUAGCACUAAAUCAAAUCUUGUAUUGUUUACUACUGCUAAAGUGGUGAUAAAUUGCAGGUAGUGUUUUAGCUACCGCCUGACUGGACUGCAAGUUUGCAGAAUACAUCAUCAAAGCCUUACCGAGUCUUCAGUUUUAAAUUUGAAUGUUGUCAUCAUCUUUCCCUGGGCUUGCUCUUGAAAUGAUAUGAUCACAUAUAAGAUUUCAAGAAUAGAAGAUCGCUGUUAAACACAUGGAAUUUUACAUUUAUAAUCAUUUCAGGAAAAUCUAAUUCUUAUCACACCCUCCUCCUCACUCCCCACUUGUUGUGAACUCUGUCAUUUAUUUGACUUUGGAAAUUUCGAGAACCAUCGUACUCCUGGUUUCAGGUAGAUAAGUCACAGACAUGGAAUUUCAACCUAAAUGGGUCUGGAUUAAAUUAAUGCUCAUACCCAAUAUCAGAAUGAUGGAACUUUAAAAAAAAGAAUUCUAGCCAUAGCUGAAUUAUUGUUUCUUGUUUUCCAUUCAUCAUGUAUUUUGAGGGAAUACAUUUUUUGCAAGUAACAGAAAUUGGAUCUGUGAUUAAACUUGAUAGUUUAUAAACACUAACCUUGUUUCUGACAACAAUAAAAGUUCAUUGGCUGUAUUAUAUGGUUGGAUUAUUGUUACAAACCACAAGGGUCUGCUUCAAUGUUUGGAAAUUCAGGUGCAAAGUUUCUAAUACAAUCAAUUAAUUUUGAUAUUCUAGAGAUCUUCAAGAAAUGUAAUGAAGGCAGUCUGUCUCCAAUUUUACAUUGUGUCAUUCAUUCAUGGCAAAUCCAAGACCCUCAUUGGAAAAUCUCUGGAUCUGAGUAGAGUGCCUCCUUCACUCCCUGGGUGAUGACCACAGUCUGCCACUGGUGCUAGUACUUUAGCUGUUCCAGCUGCAGAGUGGUGCAGUUGGGAGAUCUCCUUCCUCGAACUUCAAAGACCCAGAUUCAAUCCUGAUCUUCAGUGUUCACUGUGUGAAGUUUACAUAUUCUUCCUAUGACAGUGGAUUUUCUCCAGAUGCUCCCAGGUCUCAAAGAUGUUCAGGCUGGCAUGUUAACCAGCAAUUGUAAACACCCCCCUAGUGCAUUGGCAAGAGGUAGAUAGAAUCUGGGGUAAUUAAUGAGAUUGAGGAGAGAAGAAAAUAACAGUGUUAUGAUUUGUGCAAUGUGUACUUGAUAGUGUGGAUUUCGCUGGCUGAAGAGCCUUUUUCAAUACCAUAUGAAUCUACUUGCUUGGGCAUGUGUAGGGACCCCACACAGCAGCUUGGUUGCUAUGCUGAAGUCUUUGUGGCAGAAGCUGUUUGCUCCCAAUCUCGGCUCACCCCAUUGAUGCGAUAGGGUGAUAUCACCACAAGAAAAGCAAGGUUGGCAAUAGGUGAGAUGAGCAGUGGGUGGUGUUCUCUGAGCCAUUCUCUUGAGUUUUCUUUGUAUGGCACAGUUUCCUGUCUCCUCAUCCUCCAAAGGUGCAUUGGAAAAUUCAACCAAAUAAAGUGAACAAGAAACAUAUGCAUUUUAUCAGUGAAAUACACAGAUCAUUACAGUCUCCUUUUUAUUUGCAUAAUUUCAUGAAAGAAUAUAUUUAAUCUAAAUCUCAAAGUAGUACUGUUCAAAUAUUAACUUUGGAUAUAAUUUAUGGUCUAAAGUGACAGGAACAAUUAUGACACUAACUCUAAGGAGUUUCCUCAUCUUAUGCACAAAUUGUUAAAUUAUAUCACAUCAGAAAUUUAAUUCAGCUUGCCUUUUAAGUGUGAUUUUUUAAAAAUAUGAGCACUUAUACAUUAGCAAGUCUUCAUCAAUAAACAUUAUUGUUCAUGACUACACCUAACACUUAUGAUGGAAAUUACCCAGAUACAUUUUAUCACUAUGUAAUUGCAGAUUUCCCAUGGGAAAGUUCAAAGUAAAUUCAUUAUCACAGUACAUAUAUGUCACCAUAAACAACCCUGAGACUUGUUUUCUUGUGCCCAUACUCAGUAAAUUCAGGAAACAUAACAGAAACAAUGAAAGACCACACCCAACAGGCAAAACUGCAAUUAUUUUAUGAAUAAUAAUUGAAAAUUAUUUUUACUCAUGCAGAAGUUUCUUCUAAUUUAUUGUCUAAUGUAAAAUUAAUAUCAAUACUACAUUAAAUUUAUAACACUGGAAUAGGCCACAUGGCCAAACAAAUAACUGCUCGUGCUUGGAGAACCACAUGAAUCCAUUACCGUCCUACUCUGGAAAUGGAGUUAGUUUAUUAUUGCCAUAGGUACGUGCAUACAGUAAGGAAUUUCAUUUUAUACACCAAUACAGAUAAUUUCAAAACAUAAGUGUAUUGAGAUAAUACAAGUGAGAAAUAAUAAGAAUCUAGAGCAUGGUGUCACUGUUACAGAUGAAGUGCCCUGCAGGUAGUAAUGAGAUGCAAGGACCAUCAUGUUACAGAUUUUGGGGUCAAAAGUUCAUCUUUAACUUCUAAGACAUCCAUUCAAAAUAAUUAAAGCAGUGGGACAGAAGUUGUCCUUGAACCUAGUGGUACGAGUUUUCAACCUUUCAUAUCUUCUGCCCUAUGAAUGGGGGUAGAAGAGAAUAUCUGGGGUGGGUGGGGUCUUUGAUAAUGCUGGCUGCUUUUCCGAAGUAUUGGGAAAUGGAGAAAGAGUCCGUAGAGAGGAGGCAUUGCUCCCACCAUAAUCCUUUAAACCACAUUUUCUCAAGACCUGCUGGCUUUUUUUAAUACCAUAACACAAGGCUAUUAAUAACUAUGUAAGCAGAAAACUUAACAGAUGGUGGUUUGUAAUUACUGCUUCAUUAUCAAGUGAAAAUUACAUUAAAGUUUCAAGAAAUCAAAGGCAAGAUGAUUAACUGGGAUCAAUUGUAAUAUGAAAGCUUCACAGGCUUCUGAUAAGCAUUCUGAUCACUUGAUCAGGAAACAUUUUUGAAAGAAACUCUGACCAGUCAAUUAGAACUAUUAAUUAACCAGAAGGGAAUUAAAAUCUUAACCUAUUUUUGUUCGUCAUAAGUACUGUUGUGAAGCUCAAUUCACAUGUAAUAAAUAAUUCCAUCCUAAACCUUUCCUGUCCAUGUACUUAGCUAGAUAGCUUUCAAAUAUUGCUGAUGUUCGAACUUCAACCACUAUAUCUGGUAGCUCAUUCCAAAUACAGAUCAAACUUUAUGUGCCCUUUUAAAUUUCCCACGUCUGAUCUUAAACCUUUGUCCUCAUGUUUUUAGAAAACCCCUUCCUGUGAGAAAGACUGUUCUUUCCAUUCAUUGCAACCAAUGUUUGAAAACCCUCUUUUUGUCACAUAGCCUUCCUUUGCUUCCUUACAUUUUUGUGGUAAUUAGUUUGACUUUAGGGAGUCGUUUUUCUAGUCCUUUCAAAAUAUUGUCUUUAAAUUAGUUUUGCUGAAGCCAAGGUGGUAAUUUUUGUAAUAGGUUUACUACUUGUAAGAUUGUUCAAGCUGUGUUGUUUUAAUAGCUUCAGUGUAUAUAGAAUUUGUUUGAGCACUUUUACAUGGGGAUUGAAUGUAUAGUAUAAUUAUGUUCUGGAGUUUUGUUAUUGCCAAUAAAAAUAUAAUGUUGACCUGCA